AUGUACCACAUCUUCGCGGUCUUGGAGUACACCAGGUUCGGCUUCAGCUGGCGGGGCAGCAAAAAUGAAACGCGGGACUUUGAGGACAAGGACGUGCGACAGAUGCUGGAGGUGUACGGAGGCAACUACACACUCGUGGAAUGGGGAGCCGCUGAGAAGGCCGCGGCCUAUCGGGACCUCCGAGCCAAGUGCCUGGUGAACCACAAACUCCGUCGUGUUUAUGCUUUGCCCUUGCAGUACAUGAAGAUCAAGGCCGCACUGCAGCUCAUGAGGGCCUAUGAGGAUGAAUUCGAUAUGCACUUCGCCCUUGUGGUGAGGAUUCGCCCUGACGUCACGUACGCAAGCUCCUUGGGGCGGCUUCUCAAGAGCAGAUUGGACGCUGCCAGAGCACCAGUGAACGCUUCCGUUCCCAACAUUUGCGGCUCCAUCGGUGGCGGCUUGGGGGAUGCCUUCCUGCUGGCGGACCGUGCGAGUGCUGAUGCCCUGGGCCAGGUGGCGGCCUUUGUGCAGAGCUGCCCGGUGGACGAUCAUUGCCAGUCAUGGGCGGUGACGAAGGAAGCAUGCUUGAAAGUGCCAAACCUAGCCAGUGGCAGCGCAGGGAUGCAGGACGAGGUCUGUACGCAUGCGUGGGUUCCUUCGCUGCUCCGGCAGGGCGUUCCGACCACAAACUGUGGAAUCAGUGGGAUGCUGGGCUCUGGAAAACCGUAG